AUGGAAGUGGAGCACUUUCGUGUGAACAGCGCUCCGGGAACGGGAACGGGGCACCUGGACGAUGACCCUCGAAUGGAUACCAGUGACAAGGACCAGAUGUCCGACUGCGCCAGUGAAACCAGUGAAGUACUCAGCGUCGGAAGCGAGCCUACUCCCGCGACGGACAAUAUCAAAAAUUCUGCUCCCAAUCAUAUAAUCAACAACACCAAUUUCAACCACAAUCACAACGUCGAUUCAAUGCCAAAUACGUCUUCCCGGUUGGAUUACCAGACUGAAGCCAUGAGUUUCUCCUCAUCGCGAACUCCCUCGCCGUCGCCAUCAAGCGGAUCAGCGAGCAACCAGCCACCAAGUCCACAAAGUUCCUGCAGCUUGCAGAGAGCUUCUUCUCCAACGCCUUCGAUUAGAUCUCCAGCUUCUUCGCAUGCUACGCAAGCUUCUUCUCCAGUUCAAGGGGACCUUCAUGAAGCAAUUGUGUCCCGGUACCAGAUGUCUGGAAUCAGCCAGCAACAUUUGCUCAGCCGCUAUGCCAGUCGGGAAUCUGAGUUGGAUUUCACCAGGGUUGCUUUGGGGGGGCAUGAGACUGCUUUUUCGGCAAUUGAGAACCGGCUGCAUCAUCGGCUGGGUGCUGUUCCAAUUGUAACUAGGCUGUCGCCUCCAACUGCUGCUGUUCCUUUAGCCAGUUCUGUGUUCAGGCCGGCUUGCAGGGACUUGAGGGAGACCUCGUUGCUGCUUCACCCGGUUCCGCUUCAUGGGAAUCUCCUUCAGCAUCAUGCCACUGCUUCUAUGCUCCAUCAUCACCACCAGAAAGAGCAGGAACACAGGAUCACUGAUCCUAUUUCGAUUAAAAAGUCAAGGGGAAAAAAGAUUGCUCAAAAGCCUAUUGAUCUCACCAAAGAGUUUUUGGAAUCGGGCACUGAAAGCUCCUCGGACAAAGUGCUCACUUCUGAUUUGGGAAAUAAUGGUUGUAGUAGUAAUAGUAGUAAUGUUAAUAACAAUUCUAGUUGUAAUGGGAGUAAUAAUGGUUCGGGUCACUCCGCGACGGGGAGCACGCAAUUAAACAGUCCCUCGACGACUAAUGCUAGUUUGACCAGUACACCUGCGAGCGGGGAUUCUUCCAAACAGAUGCUUUGGCCAGCUUGGGUUUACUGCACCAGGUACUCCGACAGACCUUCUUCU